AUGUUGUCGAAACUCGCCCGCCCCACCCUCGCUCGACGAUCUCUCAUGGAGUUCUCCUGGCAAUCCAACUACAAUGUUGCCACCAACCGAGGAGCCAUGCGAGUCAAGAACUUCGGCUGGUACGGUCAGGUCGCCAUGAUGAUGAUCGCCCCAUUCAUGGUCUACAAGAUCCCCAUGACCACUUGCGGUCAGAACUUCCAGAUCUGGCGACACCAGAAGGCAUGGAAAUCCUACGGUAUCCACCGAUUCGAAGACUAA